AGGGGGUGGCUCAUUUAACGCCCAGCUUUCCCCUGUGUGAUUCUUGUUGUCAUGCAUGUCCUAACCGACGCAGACCUGGAGCUGGCUGAGAAUUCGCUCAGAGAGUUAUUUCCUGAGUCGCUCAAGGUGUACGGCUACUUGUUAAACAUCAACAGAAGAAAGCCUCAUAAUCAGAUGGUAAUUUCAGAUGCCUGGCCAGACUUUAAUGUUAUUAUCUGCAAGCAAAAGCAGCAGCGUUCUCAGGACCGAGAGGGGGAUUUCAACAUCUACAGCAUCUACUCACGUGACAGAGAAAGUUUAAAGAAACUGCUCAGUAGCGAUGGUGCUCUAGACUGGAGUACAUUUACUUUACUGGGAGGUGUUGACAUCAACCACAUAGAUGCGGUGAAAGAACUCUGUGCUCACCAAAACAUUACAUCAAAAAUAGAGGGAAUAAUGUUUGUGUUGAUGCUGGAGGACCUCAGUCAUCUCAAAGAGCCUGAAAGUAUCCCAGGAUACCAGAUCGUCCCGCUGAGCGUGGAGCACACUGACCUGGUGAACAGCACGUGGAAGUAUGGCGGGAACCAGAACAGCUACAACUCUGUGAGGAACUACAUCUCCAACUACCCCAGCUGAACGACCUUCACAAUCCUAACCAAUCUGGCUCCAAAGCGACACAUUCAACAGAGACUGCCCUCUUGGCUGUCACUGAGAAUCUGCAUGCUGCCAGAAUGGCCAAACUGUCAUCUGUCUGCAUCCUCCAUCACCUUUCUGCAGCAUUUGACAUGGUCAACCACAAGACUCUUGUCCAUCCUUAUGAACCUUGAAAUUCGUAGCUCAGCAUGGCAAUGGUUUGUUUCCUACCUAGAAGGCCGGUCAUGUCAAGUGACAUGGAAGGAAUCCACAUUUACUCCACGCAAACUCACCACUGGUGUCUCUCAGGGCUCAGUUCCUGGUCCUCUUCUGUUCUCCCUCUAAUCAAGAUCUCUUGGUGAGAUUGCAUCCUCACAUGGGUUGUCAUAUCAUUGCAAUGCAGAUGACACCCAACUUAUCCUUUCCUUUACUCCUUCAGACACUCAAGUUUCAGCUCAUGAGCUCUCAUCCAUGAUGAGAUUCGAGUGGAGAUUUAACCCCAGCAAAACUGAACUGCUAUUCAUCCCAGCUGAUCCAUCCACACACCAUGAUCUCCCUGCUCAACUCUACGAUUUGUCCUUUGCUCACCGCCCGUAACCUCAGGGCAUCCAUAGACAAUCACCUGUCCUUUUCCUCUCAUUUUACUAAUCUUUCCUGUACCUGUCGAUUUCUCUUCUUCAACAUCAAAAGGGUUCAAUACUAACUAUUAAUACUCAGUAUCAAAAAAUAUUCACUGAGGAGACUUCUAAGCACUUCUGUUAGUUGCUCUGGCUAAGGGCGUCUGCCAAAUGCAGAAAAUGUAUUAGUUUAAGGGUGUGCACGCUUAUGCAACCAGCUUAUUGUAUAUUUUUUUACAUAUAUAUUUUUCCCUCUCACAGAUUUUCAAUUGAAUUGUACAGGUUAUAGGACACAUUAAAGGUGGCAAAAGUUUUUAAAUUAUUUAUCAUGCUCUCAUUUUUUACACCACAAAAACCUGGCAUUUUAACAGGGGUAUGUACACUUUUCAUAUCCACUAUAUAUGCAAUUCUUUCAAUGGUGUGUAUGUAGGGAAAAAUGCAUCUGUAAUCUAUCCAGCCAUCCAUCCCUCUUCAUUAACUCUCUAUCUCUUCAUGGUGAACCUGGAACA